GAUUUUAGACCCUUUUGUUGUGUUUUUUUUUUUUUUCUGGUGCAGAUCAUCAUGUUAAAUUCAGUGUCUGACUUACACGGUUACAUCGAUACAAGUCAGCUUACUCGGGAGUUAGGAGGAACCUUGGAAUAUGGACACAGUCAGUGGAUACACCAUCGAACCGCCAUUGAAAAUUUUGCCAUGACUGUGAAAACCACAGCACAGAUGUUACAGGCCUUUGGAACAAACCUGGCGGAGACAGAACUCCCUAACAACGUCCAGUGCACGGAAGAACUUUUGUGUUCCCACAAAGAACAACACACCAAGCUGAAGGAUGAGCUGAAGCUAGCGGUGAAGCAGGGAGCCAUGCUACUGACUUGUAUCCGGGACCCUGUCUCACGAACGGCCGCCAGCAGACUCAGUCCUGAUGAAUUAGAAAACGUGGCAACUGUGGAAAGGUUGCUCGCCCAGUUGGAUGAGACCGAAAGAGCUUUUGAUCAGUUUUGGUCCAAGCAUCACCUAAAAUUAGAGCAGUGUUUGCAGCUCCGACAUUUUGAACAGAAUUUCCGAGAGGUCAAAUUAACACUGGACAACUUGAUGGAAGUGCAAGCAGUUUUCACGGAUAUUGGAGACAGCAUCUCCCGCGUGGAGCAUAUCCUGAAGGAACAAAGGCAAUUAGAAGAAAGAGGACAGGAACCUUUGGAAAGAGCCCAGUCCUUGGCUGUCCAUGGAGACCAGUUGAUCCAAAAUGACCAUUAUGCAAUAGAUUCCAUUAGACCGAAGUGUGUUGAACUCAGGAGGAUCUGUGAUGACUUUGCCAAUGAAACCAAGAAAAAAUACGAUAUCUUGGGGAAAUCUCUUGAAUUACACAGACAGUUAGAUAAGGCUAGCCAAUGGGGUGAAGCUGGAAUCUACCUCUUAGCUUCCCAAGCUGUAGACAAAUGCCAGACACAAGAGGGAGCUGAAACUGCACUUUGUGAGAUAGAGAAGUUCCUGGAAACCCUCAAAGACUACCAGAUGCUGAAUGCAAAGGAGUUCUACAACCAGUUUGACAUGAUUCUCACCCCAGAAAUAAAGAGCAAUGCCCAAAGAGUACUACAGAAACUCGAAGACGUGCAAGAAAUGUUUGAGAAGAGACAAGUCAGCCUGAAGAAGUUGGCCGCAAAACAGACCCGGCCAGUGCAACCCGUUGCCCCGCAUCCUGAAUCCUCACCCAAGAGAGCCUCUCCUAAAACCGUCCGUCCUGCCCCGUUAGCUCCCAAUAGAAGAUCAGUAGAAAUUCCUAGCCCUCCAAAAUCCAUUUCUGAUGCAGAUUUAUCCAAAAAGAAAAGUGUAAAGAAGGCUAAAGGUGGAAUUAAGAUUGAAGUGAUGCACGAAGCAAGUCAGGGAGGUUCCAGCAGAGUCUUGGUAAUAAGUGAAAGUGAAGAAAAUCUUUCCACGAGGAGAAGCCAUAUAAUAAAUGAACUGAUAGAAACUGAGCGUGCUUACGUGGAGGAACUUCAGAGCAUAAUUGAGGGCUAUGCAUCAGAAAUGGACAACCCUGCUUUAAUUCACUUGAUCCCAGCUGUAGUUUUGAACAAGAAAGAAGUUCUUUUUGGAAACCUCUCAGAAAUCUAUGAAUUUCAUAACAGAAUCUUCCUCAAAGAGCUGGAAAACUGCAUAGAAAAACCUGAGCUUUUGGGUCGGUGCUUUUUAAAAAGAAAAGAAGAUCUUCAGAUCUAUGAAAAAUAUUGCCAAAACAAGCCAAAAUCGGAGGCUCUUUGGAGGCAUUGUGGAGACAGCCUUUUUUUCCAGGAGUGUCAGAGGAAAUUAGACCAUAAACUCUCCCUUGAUGCUUAUCUUUUAAAGCCGGUCCAGAGGAUUACCAAAUAUCAGUUGCUUCUGAAGGAAAUGUUAAAAUGCAGCAAGAAUUCAGAAGGCACUGCCGAACUGGAAGAAGCUCUCGCAACAGUUCUUGAUAUCAUCAAGUCGGCAAAUGAUUCCAUGCACCAAAUAGCAAUUACAGGCUAUGAGGGAGAUGUAGCCGAGCUGGGUAAAUUGCUCCUUCAAGGCUCUUUCAAUAUUUGGACCGAUCACAAGAAGGGGCACAACAAAGUGAAAGAUUUGGCCAGGUUCAAGCCAAUGCAGAGGCACCUCUUCUUAUAUGCAAAAAUCCUCCUUUUUUGCAAGAAACGGGAAGAAAACACAGACAGUCACGAGAAAUCUCCUUCCUACAGCUUUAAAAAUUCCUUGAAGAUGAGCACUGUUGGCAUUACUGAAAAUGUCAAAGGUGAUAGUAAGAAGUUUGAGAUCUGGUACAAUGGCAGAGAAGAGGUCUAUAUUAUUCAGGCAGCAUCUAUGGAACUGAAGAACACGUGGGUGUCAGAGAUCAGGAAAGUCCUAACAGGACAACUGGAAGCUUGCAGAGAAGCAAGCCAGCUUCACCAAAGAAUAACAGAGAGUGUUUAUCAUGCGCCAAUGAAUUCAGGCAACUCCUCCAGGUAUGGCAGAAAAUCCAUGAGUUUGUGUGAAAAUAAAUCUGAACUCUCAAGCUUGGAAACAUCAAACAACCGGAACGUGAAUCCCAGCACCAGGCAGAAAAGAGAUCCAGAAUCUAAAGAGAGAGACGUCCCCCGUCGCUUUUCCUUAGCUUCUUCCAUCAACACCACAACUAACACAUCUUCUCUAACCAAAGGGGCCCUUGUUCCUGCGGUUAAAGUCAAGAGGCACGAAAUCAAAAGCGAUCCAACUCCUUUCGGUUUCGAAGAUGCCUUUGAAAGCACCCUCUUGGCUCAAGCUAACUCCAACACCGUUUCCUCUGCAAGGAUGGUCCCCAGAUCAGCUUCACAGACAGGUUGGCCUAGCAGACAGAUGCCCUCGUUAGAUACAUUCGAGGACUUCGAAGCCAUUCCAUCCAGCACUGAGGACCUCUCAAACUCUUCAGACCUGGAGGAAGACAGCCACCCUUCUAAUGGAUCGAAUCUAUACCGGGUAGAAGGGAGUUUUGAUUCCUGUUUCCCAGACUCCCUCACCUUGGAAGAGGGCGAUCUAGUGCAGUUUAUUCAGGAAGGAGAGAAUGGACAAUGGUUAGUGAAGAAACUAGUUUCGGAAAAAACAGACUGGAUACCUUCCAGCCUGUUACAACCAGCAGAAAGUGAAGCCAACAGCAGUUGUAGAAUCAGCAAUUCAGAUGUCUACAGCGAUACCCACAGCUCUGCAUCCACAAACUCAGAAAUGAAGGUGGAAGAGCUGAACAGAAGUUUAACAGCUGGACAGAAAGCUGGAAGCUGAGUAGACCAGGAAACAUCUCCUCAGGGCUCAAUCUUCUUUGUUUACUUGCAGAUGCUGGACCAAAUUGCCUUUCCACCCCCAUCCACCCCAAGCUCCAGAUUUCACAAUUCAAUAUUUUGUCAACGUGAAACACAUUAAAAAAAGAAGAAGAAGAAGCUAGUCAAUUUCAAAA